UCGAUAGUCCAUAUUCAGUUAGAGCGAGUGAAAGAUGGUUCCGCUCGCAUUUUUGUUUUAUUUUAUCCUUAAACUUAAUAUAAUUUAAUUAAAGUGGAUGGCGGCUUUUACCAAGUGCCGCGUGUGCACUUGUGCAUUGGAUGCAACCGUUGGCAGCUACGACAUGCUGCAUUUGCCAAUGCUAGCACAGAAGUUUACCGCUUGCACCAAUUUGUGCGUCGCAGAGGAUGACAGUGAUCAAGUGCCAAGUGAACUUUGCCAGACGUGCUACGAUCAAUUGGAGCAGCUAUACGACUUUCGUGCAAAGUGCAUUGCGGCCGAUACAAAUUGGCGUAUGCAGCAGGUUGCUUUGGUCCUUGAUGAUGGCGAAGUGGAUGGCUACGAAGUGUUGGAGGUAAGUGCAGGUUCAAGUCAAGUAGACGAUAUAUCAAGCAUUAGCAAGGAGUCCAACUGUGAUAUGGAUGAAAUAAUUGAGCAACAAAUUGAAACAUUGGAAGCGGAACCCGAUGAUGAAGAGGCCACGGAAGAGGAGCAGCUCGUAACGAACAUCUUCAAGUGUGACAGCUGUGCUGCGCAGUUUUUGGAUGAACAGCGUUUGUUGACUCACAAGCGCCGUCAUGGACAGAUGCCGUAUCCUUGCCCGGAACCAGGUUGUGAUCGUGGCUAUAGCCACAAGCAUACAUUAACGCUGCAUAUGCGAAAAUGUCACCAACUGGGUAAGGAGCAUAAAUCCCAUAUUUGCGAGUUCUGUGGCAAGGUCUUUGACACCAUGUCGCAGCUAAGGAAUCAUCGCUUUACUCACAAGGAGAAAUCAGAGCUACCUUACGCCUGCGAGGAGCCCAAUUGUGACCGACGCUUCUCCAGCAAGCAGCUGCUUAAGGUGCACAUGAUGCGGCAUGCAGGCAUCAAGAACUACACUUGCUCCUUUUGUGGUGUGCAGAAGACAACGCGCACUGAGCUCAAGAUUCAUCUCAACUAUCACACACUGGAACGCACCUACAGCUGCCGCUUCUGCUCCAAGGUUUGCUACAGCUCCAGUAAUCUCAACAAGCACAUGCGCACGGUGCACGAACGCGCAAGGAACUACGCCUGUAGCUACUGCGACAGCACCUUUACACAGCAGGCCAUCUGCAAGCAGCACGAGUUGAUUCACACUGGAGAGAAACCUCAUCAGUGUGGCGAAUGCGGCAGGUGCUUUAGACAAAAGGCCGCAUUGCGUACACACUACAAGAUCCAUAGACGAAAGUUGAAGGAAAUGAAUAUGACAACGAUUUCAAUUGAAUCGGCAGCUGAUGAUGAAUAUUGUGAAGUGAUUGGGGAAGAAAUUGUGAUUGACAAAGCAAUGUAGAACAAUUAGAAUUUAAGAUGUAGAUUAUCAUAUCAGCUAUUGCAAAAUUGAAUUUACAUUCGAAACAUAAUUGCUCAAUGGCCUUAUACAAAUUUAUCCCAAAAGCAAGCAAUAUUUUGAAGAUUGAAGUUAAAUUUAACGACGUAGCUAUUCGUAUUCAUACGCCUUAUAUUUUAUUUAUUUGUAUUAUUAUUAACAUAUCAGUAGCAAGUAGACUUAGUUACACCCUUUUUAAAUUGGUCAAACGAAUGUAUUACAAACCUAGGCAGAGGGCUAGAGUAUUAAGAAUGAAAUGAGAUAUGGAAGACGUUGCAGGAUUUUUGUGCCCGUGUUAAAUUUGUAUACGAUUAAGUUCAAUGGUUUAAGAAAAUUAAUACUGUUUGCUUAUAAUCUAACUUUCUCUUAUGCUGAAACAACAACGUAUGUUAUAAAAGGCGAAUCUACUUAAGGCGUCGCAAGAUUUUGUGCUCAUGUUAAAUUUGUGUAGGACUAAUCUCAAUAGCUCAAGAAAACUAAAACUGUCUGUCAGGCGAAUCUACUUAAGACACUCAGAAUUGUUGUGCUCAUGUUAAAGUUGUUCGAAACUAAUUCCAAUGGCUUAACUAAAUGAAAAGUGUUCGCUUAUAAACUAACUUUCCCUUAUGCUGAAGCGCGUACCUGUAACAAUCUAAUCACUCGAAUCUACUUAAGGCAUCGCACUUAAAUUUUUGUAGAACUAAUAUCAAUGACUUAAGAAAAUGCUUAACUUUCGCUUAUAAUCUAACUUUCCGUUAUGAUAAACCAAGUCCAAGUAAUUUAUAAACCAAAGUUGUAAUAAUAUAAUAUAGGAUAUCCUUUAGCACCGCUCAUAUCAAUGCAUAAUCUUAUAAAAUAAAAUGCAGCAUAUCUUCAAACUUAAAUAAAGUGUU